AGGCGGAAGUGCAGUGGGCCGCCGUCUCCGUCCCGGCUGCGGCCCCAGCCUGUUACAUAACACGUUUGGGACUGCGAGUAGUCUCGCGUCUCAGCUCCGCGGGCCCCCAGGAUGCACUGAACCCCACGGUGCCGCCCGUAGUCGCGGCCCGCUCCCGCCAGAGGUGUGAAUGACAGAGGUGGUGCCAUCCAGCGCCCUCAGUGAGGUCAGCCUGCGCCUCCUCUGCCACGAUGACAUAGACACUGUGAAGCACCUGUGCAGCGAUUGGUUCCCCAUCGAGUACCCAGACUCAUGGUAUCGUGAUAUUACAUCCAACAAGAAGUUCUUCUCCCUUGCUGCCACCUAUAGAGGCACCAUCGUGGGAAUGAUAGUAGCUGAAAUUAAAAGCAGGACCAAAAUACAUAAAGAGGAUGGAGAUAUUCUAGCCUCCAACUUCUCUGUGGACACACAGGUUGCGUACAUUCUAAGUCUGGGAGUAGUGAAGGAAUUCAGAAAGCACGGCAUAGGUUCUCUUUUACUUGAAAGUUUAAAGGAUCACAUAUCAACCACUGCCCAGGACCACUGCAAAGCCAUCUACCUGCACGUCCUCACCACCAACAACACAGCGAUAAAUUUCUAUGAAAACAGAGACUUUAGGCAGCAUCAUUAUCUGCCUUAUUACUACUCCAUCCGAGGGGUCCUCAAAGAUGGCUUCACUUAUGUCCUCUACAUCAAUGGUGGCCACCCUCCCUGGACUAUCUUAGACUACAUCCAGCACCUGGGCUCAGCACUUGCCAACCUGAGCCCCUGCUCCAUCCCGCACAGGAUCUACCGCCAAGCCCACAGCCUGCUCUGCAGCUUCCUACCAUGGUCAGGAAUCUCUACCAAGGGUGGCAUUGAGUACAGUCGUACCAUGUGAUGCCAGCGGGGCAGUCUCUGCCAGGCCCCCCAUCUUUCCACCCUGCAGAGCCCACGUUCUUGUCCACUGACUUCUGCUGCUCUCUGCAAGGAGCUGGCAGCCACUUGCCAGCCUGUUGGCCUGCCUGCCCUAGCUGCAGGCCUGGUGCUACGUGGGCUCAGGAGCAGUGUGCAUCCAGUCUUCAACAGGAGUGGCCUCUGCCCCUCCAAGAGAGACUGGCAAGUGGCUCCUUGUCUCUACUCCUUGCUUCUGGAAACUUCUGCUUCCACCUAGUGCCCUGGUCCUGCCUCCAUGCACUUGCACUGGACCUCUCCCAUUGCACUGCCCCCCUGUCAACUCCUUCCUGCAAAGCCAGAAUGGACUUUCCGCUGCAAAGGAAACACUGUGUGGACACCAUUGAGCCUGAAGACAUAGGAACCUCAGAACAAUAGAAGGGAAUGCCAGGCCUUUUGUUGAGGACCAGCCUGAAGAAGCCUCCAUGAGGCUGGCAGGGAGCAGGCAGAGGAGGCAUAGCUCAUGUGAGGGCACAGCUCCAGGGCUUAGCCUCUGGCACGGACAGACCGUGGGACAGUUUUCUGCUUCUCAUUGACCAGCCUCCUGCUGUGCAUUUGCCACUUAGGGGAAAUCAUCCUGCUGUUGGCUCAUGGCAUGCUCCAUGCAAGCUGCCCUGCAAUGAGAGCUAAGCUACAGACAGGUAGUGGUAAGGCUCCUGGAGCCCUGCCUUCCUGACCUCUAUGAGCUGAAACUCCAAGCCUGGCCAGGUACAAGAGGUCAAGCCCCACACUGGGCAGCCCUGCUGCCAUGGGCAAGUAUGGCCUGGCCUUAGGGGCAAGAGACAGUCUGUGCUUGCAGCCCCUCAGCCUCCUAGAGCAAAGGCUGUGUUAACCUCAUAAAUCAUGCUUGCAGUGUGCAUAUGUCACACGCUUCUGGCAUCCCUCACCCUGGACCCUAGGCACUUGUUGCCGUGUCCUGCCUGGUACUGCUGCACUGUCAUAGGAGCCAGGGCAGAAUGUCCUUGCAGUCCCUCCUUGUUCAGCCUAAAGAAGAGAGGAACAGCCCUGGAGAUGGGGCCUUGGUGGCUGAGUACUUUCUUCCAGGACCAGGGCUUGCUGCAGCCUCAAAGGGUCCUCGUGAUGCAGGCAGGCCCCAUGCAGGAGAAGUCCCACUCAGCAGUGUUAGCCAGCAGGUGGCCCAGGUUGUGAUGACUAGCACGGCUGUAUGCUGAAGCCCCAAAUCUGAGCCCUCUCCUCUGGAUCAACAGUAAUCAUGUGAUUUUUAAUUUCUUACCCAUGUGGUCAGGGGAGUCUUGUAAAGGCUCCCCCUUGGACAUUUGUAAUCUAGCUCAGAGGCCUUGCCCUGCCUUACCCUCCCUCCUGCCCUCUAAUCAUGGCAGUGUCCAGCCCAGUGUUGAAUAGAUUGUAGUGUUUUGUCUCAUUAUAAAUAAAUAAGACUGUAACUGGUCUCA